AUGGCGGGAAGUCGCUGGGCUGCGGCUGGGGCGGGAGGUGGGCGGAGGAGGGUCCGGCGCUCUCUUUCUCCGGAUUCGGAGCCCUACGUGUGGAUCAGUCGCCUCCCGCCCAGGCGCCGUUGGCGUCGCGCCCCAGACACAGACACUGCCUCGAGAGGCCUCACAGAGGCGGGGGCAGAGGGCGGCGACCCGGAGCCGCCUCAUCCCCCGCCUUGGGCGCCGUCACAGUCCCCAGAAGCCCUGGACUCCUGCAGUCUACGAAGACGCGCGGCGGACGGCAUGGUUCCGAGAGAGGGCGCCAAAGGCGACGUGCCGGCGGCCAGCUCCAGGCCGAGCCCCGAGCGCCUGCAGGAACAGGCCCCUUCACCCGGCGCCGGACGCAGAGCUGCGCGAGAAUCUUGUUCAGCGCGGACUCAACGCUAGGGCGCCGCCUAGAGGUUGGUCUCUGUCUCGGCCUCACCCGCCAGGAGACCACAGAGCUGCUUCCCCAGCCGCCCGCCGCCAGAAAUUGGACCAAAAAAAAGAAAAAAAAAAAAAAAUCCAGCUGGGGUCUAGGAACUUGGCUUCUGGCACCUCUGACUUCUCCGAGACUGUCUCCUCCCUCCCCGCUCGUAAUGAACCCUGUGAAGGGAGACGGGCCAGGAAGUCCCAGAAAUAUUUAUUCUUGUGACUCUCACAAAAUGGAAAAGGGUCUCAAUUUUUGUUUCUUUAAGGAUCUUGUGUUCUGCCUCUGUGUCUACACUGCCUCCACUCACCAAUCAAAUUGUCCAGCCCUCCUCCAGUUACGCUAGAACUCUGCUUUAUCUUCAAGGAAGAAAGGGAGUCGGGAGAAGUUACCUCUAAACCCUCCAGCAUGGCCAUCAAUUUUCUGAAUAAUUUGGAGAUCAACAUGCUUUUGGAAAAGUGUUUGGAAAACGUUUGGGGGUGAAAAGAAAUGUUGCCUAACUGGCCUUUACUCACUGAGUGACCAUCAUCUCAGCUAGUUAGUGUAUGAGUGGCACCAGCACCCCGGCCAUGGGUGUCUGUGAUGAGCCUCUGAAAGUAGACUUCUCCUUUGGGGAGCCCUCGGAAAGACACAACUGGUAUCUAUGGGAAUGGCUUUGGGGUGUCCUUUGGCACCAUACAGAUAAUUUUAUUUUUUUAACUGGAAUCCAUGGCCUGGGUUCUUGGGAUGAGGGUAGGGGGAAGCCACAAAGCCCCUGGAAAUGUAUGCAAAACAUAUGGGUGUGCAGGUGCAUCAUCCUAAGGCUAUGGCCUCUUCAGUUUUUCCAAAGAGUCUAAGACUAUAAAAGG